AUGAGCACAGCAGUGAUGCCUCUUGAUACAGGAAAUAUCAAGGUCGCCAGCGCCGGCCUCUUUGCGCCUACUUUACGCCACCAUAAAGGCACUUUCUGUAUCAUUUGCACCAAUACAAGGCACGGUCGAGAUAUCCGUGCCUCGGACAACUUCUACAUCACCACUACUGAUAAGUGGCCAGUCGAAUGGUCCAAUCCAAUCUCCUUUCCCCUGAACGUCAUCGAUCCCAGCCUGUAUCUCGACGACGAUGGCCGCAUCUACGUUCCGGGAUCCUGGAGAAUAGACCGCCUCAAACAGCCCAGCUGCACAAGGCAGCAAUUUGAGAUAGACAUCACAACCGGCAAGCCCCUGUCCGAUACCCGCGAGAUCUGA